UCUCUCUUCUUUCUCUUUCUUCUGUACUUCCCUCGUGUUCUUCUUUCACACACUUCACGAACUUCAUCACAUCACACCAACACACAGAUUCUAUCUCUCUUUCUUUCGGGCAUUCAUUCAUUCAUUCAUAUUGUUCUUGCAAACAAGCUCUGUUACUUCUUGACUCUGUGUAUCUAAAUGGCAGACACUCACCGGAGACAAUGAAGUUUUCCGGCAAGUCUCACCACUCGCUGGCAGGAAUUUCUACCAAGACCUUGAACCCUUCACCGGACUCAGAUCUUCAACCACUGAAGCCUUUUCAACGGCGAAAACCCAGAACUCCGGGAACCCGGUUGAGGAUAUACGGGGCUCCGGGUGGUAAACGGAGCAGACCAGAAACCCCUCUGUUGAAGUGGAAGAUCCACGACAGGAAUGCCGAUCCACUCGAAGAGGACCAGAAGUCUGUCGCUGGUUUCGGUCGGAGAACAUGCCGGAAUGAGAAGAAGCAGACGGAAGUUGCCGUAUCCGCACGGAGGCUCGCCGCCGGACUGUGGCGGUUGCAUCCGCCGGAGAUGACUAUGGCUAAUAGCAGAAGGCGGUUCGGACCUCAGCAUGAAAUUGACCAUGUAGGGCUCAGCUUCCUUGGUCGUCCAAAUGGCAUGAAUCAUGGUUCUGAUAUGAAAAAUCUAUCUCAAAGUCCUUGUUCCAUCUCUGGGAUAAAGAGGGGACACUUCUCUGAGCUUGAGCCUUUCCAAUUUUCCAACACUGAAAUGGAGGGUGCAACAAAGUGGGAUCCUUCAUGUUUAAAAACAUCUGAUGAGGCCCACCAUAUCUACAGCCACAUGAAACUUCUUGACAAAAAGGUAAGUGCUGUAUCUGUUGUAUCUGCUCUUGAAGCUGAACUAGAGCAGGCUCGUGCACAAAUUCAGGAGCUUGAGACUGAACAUCGCUCCUCCAAAAGAAACCUUGAGCAUUUCCUGAAGAAAGUCAAUGAGGAAAGGGCCCAGUGGCGAAGCAGAGAGCAUGAGAAAAUCCGUGCAUACAUUGAUGACAUUAAAACAGAGUUGAAUCGAGAAAGGAAAAGUCGCCAAAAGGUUGAAAUUGUCAAUUCUAGGUUGGUAAAUGAGUUGGCGGAUGCCAAACUAUCAGCAAAGCGCUACAUGCAAGAUUAUGAGAAGGAAAGGAAGGCCAGAGAAUUGAUUGAGGAAGUGUGUGAUGAACUUGCCAAGGAAAUUGGAGAAGACAAGGCUGAAAUAGAAGCAUUGAAGAGGGAAUCUAUGAAACUUAGGGAAGAAGUGGAAGAGGAGAGAAGGAUGUUACAGAUGGCUGAAGUAUGGCGUGAAGAACGUGUUCAAAUGAAGUUGAUAGAUGCAAAAGUUGCUCUUGAAGAGAAGUAUUCACAGAUGAAUAAACUUGUUGCAGAUUUGGAAACUUUUCUCAAGUCAAAAAGCGUCAAUCCAAACACAAAGGAGAUGAGAGAGGCAGAGUCACUUAAACAGGCUGCAGCUGCAAUGAACAUUCAAGACAUCAAGGGAUUUUCAUAUGAACCCCACAAUUCGGAUGAUAUUUUUGCCAUUUUUGAAGAUGCAAAUUUUGGUGAACCCAAUGAGAGGGAGAUUGAACCAUGUGUUUCUCACAGUCCUGCUAGUCAUGCCUCAAAGAUUCACACAGUGAGUCCUGAAGUCAAUUUAACAAGGAAGGAUAGGCGUUCCGAUGUAUUUGUGGAUGGCAAUGGAGAUAUAGAAGGAGAUGAAAGUGGAUGGGAAACUGUGAGUCAUGUUGAGGAUCAAGGCUCCAGUUAUUCACCAUACGGGAGUGUCCAAUCUUUGAACAAGAAUCAUCGAGAGAGUAAUAUCUCAGGGAGGAGUGUGCUUGAAUGGGAAGAAAAUGCAGGUGAGGAGAUACCAAUAGCUGAAAUUAGUGAAGUGUGCUCUAUACCGACAAAGCAAUCAAAAAAGGUAUCAUCCAUAGCGAGGCUUUGGAGGUCAUACCCAAACAAUGGGGAUAGUUACAAGAUAAUCUCUUUGGAGGGAAUGAAUGGGAGGCUUUCAAAUGGAAGGUUAUCUAAUGGGGGCAUCAUGUCUCCUGAUCAUGGAUCAGGUAAAGGUGGACUAAGCCCACAAGACCUUCUAUACCAGAUAAGUCCUCCUGAUUCAGCGCAUACACAUAGAGGUAUGAAAGGAUGCAUUCCUCGCACUGGACUGAAGAAUAGUUUGAAAGCCAAACUUUUGGAGGCUAGAAUGGAAAGCCAGAAGAUUCAGUUGCGCCAUGUUCUUAAACAGAAGAUUUAGAUGGGAGCAUAGGCAUAGAUUGCCCACCUGUAUAACUAAUGAAUGACUAACACAGGAAGCAGUUCAUUUUAGAUUGUAAAGGCACAAAUAUGCUGCUUAUGGAAAAACUGCUCAGGAGUGAUGAGGGGCCAUGAAUAAUUUACAUUUUAUGCCUCAUACUAUUCGUGUUUCAGUUCUUUACUAUCAUUCAUAUUAAACUUUAGGAGAUAAUCUUUUCAUUCCUUUGUGGAAAAUACCUCAAACCGUGGACUAUCUUGGGAAAAAUAGCUUGCUUUGUAAUCUGUGAUGACGGGCCUUACUUCAUUAUGUAGGAUCUUCAGAAAAAUUAUGAGAAGCAUGUAACUUAUGCUGUUAUAUAGUAUAGUAUAGAUGAUAGAAUUAUCUUUCCCAGAUUGUUAUAUAGUAUAGAUGAUAGAAUUAUCUUUCCCAGAUUUUGAUUUUCUGUCAUUGCUGAUGUCGCUUAGGAUUUGUUGUAGAUUGUAUUGUGGAUGACAAGGAUGAUUUGUGGUCC